CAUUAGCAAGUUCACUCUGCCAGAUGUCUCAGUUGUCAAAAACAGAACGCAUAGGGAAAAAAACCCAUACAUAAAGGAAUGGAAUAUAACGGAAUGCAACGCAGAAGAUAAUUGGCACUCAGAAUGAAGAGAUCUGACUACACAAGGACAUUUUUCCUGCUUGCGUCUAUCGCUGGUGCCUAUUGCGGCAUCACAUUUCGACAAGAGGGUGAGGUCAUGAAUCUGUAUUUUCCAGAGUGGGGAGGAAUGGUGGACUACUCUGUGCUGUACAGGGUUUAUGAAGAUGGAAAUCUCCUCCUGGUCAACUGCUCAGAGCCCCAUAGCCCACCACCUGAGGGCUACAACAUCACGUGUGACCCGGGGUGGUCCAACAUACGCCAAACCUUCAGAAUCAACAGCCUUGCCCAGACAGGCCGCUACCGGCUGGAGGGGUGGACACAAAGCAACAUCACUCACCGUGAAGGCUUCCAUCUCAUCGUCUGUGCACAGCGUUUAAACAGAGUUUCCCCACCUGCUCCUGUGUCUAGUGAGAAGGUGGCAGGGGUGAGCAGUGUGGAGCUGUGUAGGCUGAAUGCGACCCUAGGCAAUGGCACGGCGCUGAGGGUGUACAGGUACGACGACAGUUCUCUAGUACUGGACACCAGCUCCUCUCUGGAGCCGCUGGUGGAGGAUCUGAAGGGCAGACUGCAGCUGGAGCUGGAUCACCCCCACCUAUCUCGGGUCACCCUGCACGGGAUGUCUACGUUAUGGUUCUCAUGCACCAUAUGGACACAGGACCAGUGCCAGACAUAUAAUGAUGCACAAGGGGAGUACGCUGGACAUGUCUUCACCCAUGAGGGGAAGAGCGUAACCCUUCCAUGCAUUUCAGACCUGUCGGCUCUCCUCAACCCUUGGGUGCACUGGGGCACACCCACCGCUGAUGUCACAAUUGAACAGGCUGGCCCACAGAAUGUGACCCACCCACAGGAAGUGAUGUAUAUGCUAAAUGGCAGCCAGUCUGGGAAUUACUCUCUCAUCAUCCCCGCUGUGUCCGAACAGCACGCAGGGAAAUACUCAUGUCAGACCGGGCUUUUUGCACUUACAACCAUAGACCUUUUUGUGUGCCCUCAGUCCCUACCCUUGGACGUGCUGUUUUCUCAUGGAGAGAGCGUGUCUGUGCCCUUAACUUUAAAUGACACAGAUGACAGUAGGCCACAAGUCUACUGGUACCGUAAGAAAGACCUGCAGUCAGAGGAAGAUCUAAUUUACCCUGCUGACGGCUUUGUGGAAAUACCAGGGCAGUUGGGGAGGAGAGUGAGUGUCAACGAACACAAUUACACUCUGACCAUCUCCAACCUCACAAAGGAGGACAGUGCUGUGUUUACAUGGAGACGGUUUACCAUUGACCAUUUUAGUUGUAUGGAGGGCAGCAUCCACCUUGUGUACAGGGAUUCGUUUAGGCUGGGCUCUCUGUACGGUCCAGUGCUGGGCUGUGCUCUGCUGGCUCUGGUGGUUGCUGUAGUGGUAUGGGUGACAAUGAAGACCAGAAAAGGCAACGCAGUCUCACACCCCUGGCAUCAGUUUUCCAUGCCAUUUGAGCAGGUGGCAGUGUUUGACAGUGAGGGCAUUCCUGCUGUGUCUUGUGUUGACGCGGCCCCCACCGACCAAGACCCUUCCCUUAACCUAACCGUCAGUGAGGUCAUGUUGCCGCCAGGGCGUGAUGUUGAGUACAUACCUUUGGCGUCAAAUACAUUGUCAUCGCCAGGUGAAUGGCCUUGUUCACAUGAGACAUUUAACUCUGAAUAAAACUUAAUUCCGCUUUGAAAACAUCAUGCAAACACUGCAUAAUUCAAAAUUAAAUGAAAGUGCAAUGUAAACGUGACAGAACUAUUUAAAUCUGAAUUAUUAAUUCUGAAUUAAAGGCACCAUGUAAACGAGGCCAAUGAGUUGAAAAGUGAUGCAUCGGUCGGGAUGAGAUCAUGUUGAAAAAGGAAAGGGUCUGAGCCUGAACCCACCAUCCUUCUCAACAUGCUGAGUGUGUGUGUGAUAGGCCCAAAUAUUUCCUGUCAUUUGGCAUUUCCUGUUAUUUGGCACUUCCGUUUACUGUGUGAGGAUGGGCGGGCCCAUACAAACAAAUGUGUGUGUGUGUGUGUGUUUCUGUGUGUGUGUGUGUGUGUGUGUGUGCGUGCGUGCGUGCGUGCGUGCGUGCGUGCGUGCGUGCGUGCGUGCGUGCGUGCGUACGUGCGUGUGUGUGUGUGUGCGUGUGUGUGCGUAUGUGUGUGUCUCCCCUUGUUGUACCCCCCUGGUUCACUCCCUUGCUUGGUAAUAAAACAGAAAAUCAUUCAUGAAUUUGAUUUUUUUAUUACAGGUUUUAUUCAGUCUUUAAUAUACAGUACAUGCACACAGAAAGGCUAAGAGAGCACGACCUCAUUCAGAGAUACAGUAUAUAAAAAUCAAAUCAAUCAGAAUGUAUUUGGCACAAUAUCACAACUACAUUGUUGACUCAAAGUUCUUUCAUUCACACAC